AUGGUCGAUAAGGGUUUGCUGAACCAACGUUAUUACCAUGGUCUACUUCCAAGAGAAGACAUUAAAGAAAUGUUGCAUAAACCCGGAGAGUAUCUCAUUCGUACUUCGGAACCUAACAAAGGAGAGAAGAGACAUUUCAUUUUGUCUGCUGUUGGAAAUGGACAAACAGAGCCCAAUCAUUUUGUGAUUCGUGAAUCGGAAGACCAUAAAGUAUUUGUGGAUCAACGUGGAUUUGAGUCAAUUAUUGAUUUAGUCACCCAUUACGUCUCAACAAAAGAGCCACUUUAUGCGCAGAAAAGAGAAAUCAAAGUAGUUAUCAAGCAUGCUGUCAAUCGUCAGAAAUGGGAAUUGAUGCAUGAAGACGUGGUUUUGACAAAGAAACUUGGAGAGGGAGCAUUCGGAGAAGUGUGGAAAGGAAAGCUUUUGAAAGUGUUGGAUAGUAGUGGACAACCGGUUCCAAUUGCUGUGAAGACUGCAAAACUGGAAUCAAUGAACAAAGAACAAAUCAAGGAGAUUAUGAGAGAGGCAAGGCUGAUGAGAAAUUUAGAUCACAUCAAUGUUGUCAAGUUCUAUGGAGUUGCUGCUGGUGCUGAGCCACUCUAUGUCAUCAUGGAAUUGGCUGAUGGUGGAGCUCUCGACUCGGCUCUCUCGAAACAAAAAUUCCCAAUGGUUAAGAAGUACGAAUUGAUUCUACAGGCAGCUUGUGGACUUGCAUAUAUUCACGAUAUGAACUUGCUGCAUCGUGACGUUGCUGCACGUAAUUGUCUAUACGGAGGUGGACAGGUUAAAAUCGCGGAUUUCGGUUUGAGUCGUGAAGGACCAAAAUAUGUGAUGGAUUUGAAGAAGAAAGUUCCAAUUCGUUGGUUGCCGCCAGAGACGAUUUCAGGUGGAAUUUAUACCAAUAAAACCGACGUUUUUGCUUUUGGAAUCAUGGCAUGGGAGAUCAUUGAAGACGGAAAAGAACCUUAUCCAGGAAUGAGAGUCGUUGAAGUGGCCACAAAAGUUCUGAAAGAGGGAUAUCGCAUGACUUUUAAUGCAGAAGUUAAUGUGGAAUUUGCUGACUUCAUUGUGACAAAAUGCUGGCCAGCCGACCCAGUAGAACGUGUCACAAUGAAAGAAGUUGUGAAGUGGAUGAAAGUAUUUGUGAAGGGCCAAGGCGGAGAUCCUGGAAAGAGUGGAAUGAUGUUGAAAAUUGGUAAGAAGUUGAAACGAGGGUCUAAUUCGAAAGAGAAAAGUCGUAGCUCAUCGAUGAGCAGUGCCAACACAACAAGUGGAUCGAGUGCUCAAGGAGUAAGCACUGCUACUGCUCAUGUCUAG